CGCAGAGCACAAUGGUUAAACUCAUUGGGACUAAUAAUGUGUAAAAAUUCUACUCGCCUAUGUUAGCUUAUAUAGAUCAAUUUUGUGUUAAGGAGAUACGAACCCGGCACAUCAUUCCCCCUAUUUUCUCAUCAGCAGAAGGGGAAUCUCCGUUCAUACUUAUCUUUCUCUGAUUCCCAAGAAGAAUACUCCAAUAGCAAGUGCAAUAUCUUUUGCUCACCCAUCAAGCUCUCAAACGGUGAAUUGCUCCAAAAGAUGGAGCAGGAUCACUUGGCUGAGUCACUCAAUGAUCUUUUCACCAAUGUAUCCAGGAUGAUAAGAGGCGAGCUCCAGGAAACCAACAAUGUACUUGGACUAGUGGAGAAAAUGAAUACAAGAGUUGCUGAAGAAUAUAAAGGAUUUGGAGAUGUGGCUUCAGGAUUGAGGAUCUUUGUGGAGCAAUUGAAGUCUAAAAGUGGCAGCUUUGACGAGUAUGUUCAACAGAUUGAUACAAUAGAGCAGCAAGUUACAGAGUUUGAAGCUGUAAUUUCGAUGCUUGAUAAGUACGUUUCUUUGCUGGAAUCAAAAGUGCAGUCUGCGUACCAAAUUCCUCCAUCAUGAAUCAACUGUAAUUCUUCUUUUUGUUUCUACUGCUACACCCUCAAAGCUGUUGCUGGAUUGAAUCGAACUUGAUUUUUGCAUGUCAUCAAGAAUACAAAUAAAAAGAUGAAUUUAGCAACUGUUUAUCUCAAAUGGAAAGGAUGCUAUUGAGUAUACAGCUAACAAAAGCCCGGUAAGAAGUCUUUGGAAGAACUUCUGUUGGAUUUGCUUGUUUUUAUUUUUUGCGAUAUAUAUGAUUCUUUUGUUCUGUCUUUACUCU